AUGUCCAUUGGGCGCCGACGGACACGGUCCAUUCAGUCUGACCUCCACUUGGACGAGAUACCGCAAGACGAGGAUGCUGCUCGGUGGGCUGAGGCGAUUCGGCAAAAGAGAGCGAGUAAGCGGAAGCGAAGAGAGGAAGAAGACGAUGACCGAGUUGUGGUGGGCACCAAGGUCGACCAAAAUCAUGUCAACUAUGUUACCGCGUAUAAUAUGUUAACGGGGAUCCGAUUCACCGUGUCAAGAACAAACGCAAAAAUGGACCGAGAGCUCACUGAAGCCGACUUUCAUGCGCGACAUAAAUUUUCUUUUGACAUCACUGGCAAUGAGCUGACGCCGUCGGCAAAAUACGACUUCAAGUUCAAGGAUUAUGCGCCGUGGGUAUUUCGCCAUUUGCGAGCACAAUUCCGGCUGGAUCCGGCGGACUAUUUAAUGUCCUUGACCAGUAAAUACAUACUCUCGGAACUAGGUUCUCCAGGCAAGAGUGGGAGCUUUUUCUACUUUUCACGGGAUUACAAGUACAUUAUCAAGACCAUUCACCCUGCAGAGCACAAACUACUGCGGAGAAUACUUCGCGACUACUACGACCAUGUGCGGCAAAACCCGAACACCCUUCUGUCUCAAUUUUACGGACUACACCGGGUUAAGAUUCCCUAUGGCAAGAAGAUUCAUUUUGUUGUAAUGAAUAAUCUGUUCCCGCCGCAUCGAGACAUUCAUCAAACGUUUGACCUUAAGGGCUCCACCAUCGGGCGGGACUUUAGGGAGGAAGAUCUGGCGAAGAACCCCCGUGCUACGCUCAAGGAUCUCAACUGGCUGCGGAGAGAUUUGCACCUGGAGCUGGGCCCUUCGAAAAAGCGGGUCUUUGUAACGCAGCUCGAGCGCGACGUGAGGCUUCUGCAGCGCCUGAAAAUAAUGGAUUAUUCUCUGCUUGUUGGAAUCCAUGACCUUGAAAAGGGCAAUGAAGAAAACCUGCGAGACAAGACACUCCAAAUCUUCCAACCCGGCGGCGAACAGAAUGAGGACGUCCACUCGAACAUGCUGCUGCGGACACCAUCGAAGCUCGAAAACGCCAGAAAGGCAAGGGAGCUCCGACAAAUAAUCAAGCGGGAAAAGCCAGUGCCUCUGGAACAAACAUCGAGUAGAAUGCCCGACGAAAUGUUGGAGGACCGCAAGAGUUUCUAUUUUUACAGUGACGAUGGUGGGCUUCGGGCAACCCACGAAGAUGGUCGGGCAGACAAAGAAAUCUAUUACCUGGGUGUCAUUGACUGCUUAACUCAUUACGGCUUUAUCAAGAAGGUCGAACACUUGUGGAAGGGAUUGUCGCAUAGCAAAUCGCAAAUCUCCGCCAUCCCGCCGGAGGAAUAUGGCGACCGCUUCGUCAAAUUUAUCACGGCAAUUACCAAG